AUGACUGCUGCCGUUUCUAUCGGCGAGCUGUGCUGGCCAAAGCCGACAGACGUUGCCCUCGCCACUGCUGCCGGUGGCAGUAACAGAGGCAUCGCGGUGGAGCUUCUCCAGAAGCACGACUGCAAGCGUCUCGUGAGCACGUGCAGCACGCCAGAGAAAGCCAAAUUCCUUCACAGCAUCGGGUGCAACGAGGCCAUUCAUAAGAAACCUGAGGAGGGGUUGGUAGCUGAUAAGUGCCGAGUGGCUCCUAACGGCUUUGAUAUUGUGUACAAGAGUGGGGGUGGCACCCUGCAGCGGACGAUCCUCUGGUCUGCAUGA